AUGGAAUUCUUUCUCUCCACAUUCUCCUUUUACCUCACUAUCAAUCUCGCUUUUUCUGCACCACUUGAAGGCCGGGAUGACCCUCCAAAUCCAGAUGAUGACGGGGUAAGUUUGAUACCAUACCCAAAACUCGAAAUGGAAUUUGGAAAAUAAUAGAAUGUCGCUUCGAUAGGCAGAUGAUUUGACAGCCAACCUGCCUUCUGCAACAAGAGCCCCAACUGAUUGCGGGACUUUCAAAUUCAAGUGCAACAAGUCUGCUGGUGAGUCUAAUUUCUGGGCUAACACUUUAGAACUGAGAUAAUUGCAAAAACUUUAUUACUAUUUCUUCUGCUUCCAAACUAUUCUACGAAAAAUAUACUAACUCUCCCUCUCUUCCAUUAGGAGCUUGUAAUAACGCAUGCUAUUUCAUUAACUGCGUCAAUAAAGGCAACAACAAGUUCACAUUUGGACCAAAUUCAGUUGACAACCGAGUUCAUUCUGGCUGCACAACCAGCAGGUCAUCAACUCUGUGCAAACUCUUGCCAAUUAGUCAGAGAAUGUGGGAUAGACAACCAGAUGACCUCGCUCCUAAGCCACUUCAAUGUGACGAGUUCCCCAUGAAUGCGUUCAAGCAAGAUGCCUUCAAGCAAGGAGACACUCCAAGGAAUUCGUUGAGAUGUAUCAAUGGAUCUCAAAAUGGGAGUAAGUACGGCUCUGUGGGAGUUCUUCCGCGCUAUUACUGACGAAAGUUCAAACGUGGUGGUGGUCAAUUCAAGAACUUCCAGAGGGGAUUCGGAGACUGGGCACCAGGUGGAUCACUAGCAGGUGACAAGAAAUGUUCUGGUGCCAUGAUUGACGGUGAUACCUUUUCCGUGUCAUGGAUUAUCGACGGUGAUGACGGAGUUGCAGAUCAAGAUAAGUAAGUGACAAUCCAAUUCCAUUGCAUACACUCCAUUGCUCAUCCCUUCAUUAGAUUCGUCCCUUAUUGUAAACCAAACCCAGUUUGCACAAACGACGGCUACCAAUUCCACAUGACCAAACCCCAGCUAUCCAUUAAAGACGGAAAACCCGGCAAAACCGGCUCCAUGAGUUCCCAUAAUUGAUAACCACUAUGCUAUAACCAACAAAUCCAACAUCCUCCGAUACCGAGUAAAGAUCUUCCACGAGGGCGCCGAUCAAUUCACCAUCGAAGUAUUCGUCGUCAAUGGUCCCAACGAGGUUUCCAAAGGCCAGAAAACAGAUGUCAUGAAAAGCGGCGGACAAAUUGAAGUAACCGGUCUUCCAAAGUCUUUAUUUGUGUUUAGUAGAGGAGAUCCGGGUACCAAGGUUGAUUUUAAUUAUGCGAAACCUGGGACUACUUUCCUCACUGAGGAUUUUGCGGGUGGUGAUUUUGUGUGGGAUACGGAUGAUACGGGGAUUGCGGGGGCUUAUUGUCAAGUUGGAGGUGUAUAUAUGAUUGGUGACAGAACACAGAAUAUUGUCUGUGACUUUCCUGGUUUGGAAGAUGCUUAG